AUGGCGUCUCCGCAUCCUGUGAGGCCUCCUUGCACGGGCAAGGUCAGAGACCAGAGCUGCAUCUUGCAAAGUUUUGACGGUUGGCUUUGGUCGGCUCUGCAAACGAAAGAGGCGCUUCUGACCAGAAUGAAGAUGGUGUCCCGUCUACUGCUGCUCACCGCUGCCCUUGCGGAGCUGGUCCCUGCGGUGGCUGCCAGGCGUCGCUCGGAGGCCCCGGCAACAAAGGCCCUGGAGCUCCUCGAGAAGCUGUGGAGCCAAGGUCAAGCAGAACUGAACGACGAAGCGCUCAGGUUUGAAAAGCUGAAGCAGUGGUGCGCUGACACGGCCGCCUCCAAGAAGAGCGAGAUCCAGGAUGGUGAGGAGAAGGAGGAGCGCACCAGCGCGGUAGUGGAGAGCGCGGAAGCAGCUGUUGCCGCGGUGCAGGAGGACAUCGAGGAGCUCGUUGCAAAAGCCGGCAAGCUUGAUGAGAAGAGGUUCGGAGUUUGGAAUUGCAGGGACGGUUUGUCGGAUUUCAAGAUAUCUGCCAAUGGUUUGGCCUGCAAGCUCCCUGUGGAUCUGAGGCAUUCUAACAUUUCGAUCAGUUAG